CGUCGGGCAGACAGUAGGACGGCGACGCCACUGAGAGUCGGUGACCACGGCGCGAGGAGCGCGCUCGCCGCACAGUGACAUGUAGCGCGGCCACCGCGCCGCAGCCCCGCGACCACUCCGCCGGUGGCGGCGCGCCGAUGCGCCUGCCGCCCGGCCUGACGCCGACGCCGACGCCCGCGCCGCGAUACAAACCGCGAUCCGCACCUAAUCCUCACCAGUGUUGCUUUCACUGUUACACCUGAAGCGAGCCCUUCAGCCCGUCUGUAUUGACGACAGUCGUCGGAUGGAACCCGGAGUGCGCCGAUUCGCAUCAAGCGGCGGGAGCUAGCUCAGACAUGGGAAGUGAGCACUAUUGCCUAAGGUGGAACAAUCAUCAGAGCAACCUGCUGGGAGUUUUCAGCCAGUUGCUACACGACGAGAGCCUGGUCGACGUCACGCUAGCCUGCUCCGAAGGUGCAUCCAUUAGGGCUCACAAGGUAGUGCUGUCUGCGUGUUCAUCGUACUUCCGAUCGCUGUUCGUAGACCACCCAUCGCGUCACCCCAUCGUGAUUCUAAAGGACGUGGGCUUAGAAGAACUGCGAACCCUUGUCGACUUCAUGUACAAGGGCGAAGUCAACGUCCAGUAUUGUCAAUUGCCUGCUCUCCUCAAAACUGCCGAGAGCCUUCAGGUAAAAGGACUAGCUGAAAUGACUACCCUAAGUGCGGCUGGCAUUGAAACAAGAAAAGUUGCAGAACCAAUGGAAGAGUGCCAAUCACAAGACACAAGAGAAAGUUCAGAAUCACAUGAAAAGGUGGACGGCAGGGAUCACCGAGACAAAGAAGACAGGCGUGAGCUGAAGGAGGCACGGGAAGGCCGUGACCGUGAAAAUAAAGAUAGUCGUGACGUAAGAGAAAGUCACACAAGGGAUUCUCGAGAGUCGAGAGAGUCCAGGGAACACAGAGAACAAAGAGAACCACGCGACCUGAGAGAACCUCGUGAUAUAAGAGAAACAAGGGACCCUCGAGACUUGAGGGAUCCUCGCGACGUGCGGGAGCACAGAGAGUCACGGGAAAAUAGGGAUAUUCCACGAGAUUUGAGAGAAGUUCGGGACCCAAGAGAGUUGCGCGAAUCUCGAGAAACUCGGGAUUCAAGAGAAAUGCCUGAAGCCUCACCUCCACGAAUAUCCCCACUGCUGUCAGUUCGGCGAUUUAGGCCUGAGACUGCAGCAGAGACACUGGCGCCCACACAUCCUCCUAUCCCAAAGGACGAGCCACCUGACGAGCCAAUGCGAUCGUCUUCACCAGAAGAAGACACGGUCUCACUUAGAUCAAAUGGCGCACAAAAUGAACCAAUUGGAUUAAACAUGACAAUCAACAGCCACAGCAGUAGCAGUGUGCUGGGCGCCCACUAUUCCCCGGUGGAGCCGCGGUUGAGUGUACUGAACACUAUACCGCACCCAGGACUGACCCAUCCUUCCCACGCAUCAUUGCCUAGCCCUCGUAGUGAGCCUAUUGCAGGUCCCUCGGGCCUGCCGCCUGUCCAACAAGUGCCACUUUCUCUGAAGAAAGAAAUAGACUGGGAUAGGCCAAAUGAUGACAAAGUGGGCGGUGAGACAUCGGAAUACAGGAUGCAACAUGAAUCUGAGUACGAUGGGUCCGGUAGGGGGAGAAUUGACGAAGGGGAGAGGGGUUAUCCUUGCAUACACUGCGGUGCGGCCUUCCCACAUCAGAGCAAACUGACGCGGCACAUACUGACCACGCACACGCUUGACACGCUGAAGUACCGGGACGCCAUCUUGGGCAGGCCCAUCGGUUUGCCCAUGAUAGGCCAGUUCAGUGAUCCCACGUACAUGACUAUGCACCCGGAAGAAUCUCCUAUCGAGCUGGACAUAGGGGCGGUCGAGCCGGGGAACGUAGUGCUAUGCAAGUUUUGUGGCAAGAGUUUUCCGGACGUGUCAUCGUUAAUAACACAUUUACCUGUGCACACGGGCGACCGGCCGUUUAAGUGUGAAUUCUGUGGCAAGGCGUUUAAGUUAAGGCAUCAUAUGAAGGACCACUGUAGAGUUCACACAGGAGAACGGCCCUUUCGUUGCGGACUCUGCGGCAAGACAUUCUCGCGGUCGACGAUCCUGAAGGCUCACGAGAAGACUCACUACCCGAAGUACGCGCGCAAGUUCCUGUCGCCGAGCCCCGUGGACACCGAGGAGGAGAGCCCGCACCAGUGAGGCGUCUCCCGCGAUACAUUACCCAGUAAUACUAACUGUUAUUGGAAAUAGUCAAUGGUGAGCGAGAAGUGAUAGUUGAAUGAACAAAUGGAGGACAAUAUGUUGUAAUUAGUUAAGAAUGUGAUUAAAACGCCGCAACUGUGAUCUGAAUGAUAUGAAUAAUAUUUGAUAUUUCACUAAUAGAUAAUUGACACACUAAAGUUGAUACUUCUUCAAUUUAUUUAAACAUUUUUCAGUUGUUUCGUUUUGUUUGCUUCAUUUUCUUAAAAGUUUUGAACGUUAGGUGCUUUCUUAUUGCUUUAGUUUAUAAUAAAAGUAAACUCAUUACUACGAUGGGUCAUUAGAAGGCAUAGCCAAAGUUAGCUAGAGAAGUAUGAAUUCUUUUAAUAAACUUCCUUUUAAAUCAAAAUGAUAAAUGAAUGCUUGUUAGAUUGUUUGCUUGUAAGGAGGUUUCUUGUGAGGUCGAGUUUGGUUGCAUAUUUGAUAAUCGAAAUUAAUGAAGAAAUUGUAAAAUAUCAUAUUAAUUUAUAGCUGGCAUAAUCUUUAGAGACUUGCAUAUUUAUUAUUGUAGAAUCUUGUCAGAGUUGAUUUUAUAAACAAAAUUAAAGAUUGAUUAAGAGUGCUUUAAUUAUUAUUGUUAGAGACCAUACGAAAAUUGCACUCAACAUAGUUGGUAACAAUUAAGAAGUUAGGGAUUUGAGAUUUCUACUAAUUUUAUGUAUUUCGAAGUAAACGACGCACGCUCCCCUGAGGUAAUUCAAAAGCAAUAUUAUGACAUAUAAAUGUAAAUAACAUAUAGUUUGAUAAUAUCGGAUUUUUAGAAAAUUUAGAAUGUAAACGCUUCGGUAGUUCUGUAUUCGGUAUACACGGGGAGGGUUGUGGAUGUGAUCAUGGGAAUCAAAGCUUUAAGCGCUGUUUCUGUUCUGUCCGAGUGCCGCGCCUCUCGCGCCUGCUCGCGCUCCGCACUCGAAACUUGUGUAACCCGUGUCUGUACAGACACGUCUCAAACCAGUAUGGCGUAAGAGGUUUGGUACGUAUGUAUAAGUAUAUAUCAAAUUUUCUAUCUAUUUUCAUACUGCAAAACCACAUUGUUUUAUGAUUAUUCCGAAAGUUUCAAACCCUGUGGAUGUCGACGUCUAAUAAAGGAAAGCACUGCACUUUAGAUUAUAAUUCGGUCUGUAUAAAGCCCUUUUCCAUAAUUUUAUUCCAAUCAGAGAAUCACAUAAUAUUAUAAUGGAUGUGCCCAGAGUUUGAAACUCAUCACAAUAAUCGCUGUGUUCAAUAAAUUCAACAGAGUCAAAUACAGGGAUAUUUUAUUGAUCGUAAGAUUAAUUAUUUUUCAACACCACCAUAUUUUGUUUGAAAUACGAUUUUAGAUAUAGCCGUUAUAUUUGGGCUCAGAAUUUAUAGAAGUAUAUUUGUUUCUAUAUUACAAACUCACAGUUCGACAUCACAACCGAGAAAAUUAAAGCUUUGAUUUGGAACUGAUUGGAUGUUGGCUCAUAUAGUCUGUAAGUUCAAUGAAAAAAUUACUUAUACAUAAUUAUUGAUCUGCCCACGGUACUCUCUGGCUGGAGCAUACAAUAUCUUUAUAGAAAUUAAUAUCAUUAUCUUAAUGUACCUAAAUGGUUUACAUAAUAACCUUGUAGAUAGACUGAACUACCUAAUCACUUCAUAAUCUUUUGGUCAUGGGACAUAUCAUUUUAAUAUAAAAAAUAAUAUUUCACGGAUAAAAUAAGGGUGACGUUACACUUAUUUUAAAUAUAUAUUAAUAGGAUAUUAAAAUAUUCUUUAUUCAUGUUUCGUUUUGAAUGUAGGCGUUUAAAUAUCUUUUAUUGUAAAUUAGAUGUUUAGUGGUUCAUAAUUUUGGGUUCACUCAAAUGAAAGUAUUAUGGUAAAUAUAGAAAAAAGAUCUGUGAUAUAUGUCUAAUACAUUGUAAGGGUAUUACAUCUGGGAGUUACAAGUCGCGAUCUCAGUAUGUGAUUUCAAAUAUUUAGAGUUUUAGGCCACAUUGUUGAGACGCAGCCUCUUAACGUUUGCUAAAAAUAUAUUUUGUGUUUUAAUUGGAAAUUAUUAGGACAUUGCUUCAACAAAUUGAACGAACAAAAAUUUCGGAUUUUAAAUUAGUUAACUUGAUAUUAUGUUUGAAAAGUUCAAGUAAAACAUUAACGUAGUUGUAAUUGUGAGACGAGAAGCAUUAAAAUUAAGAAAAAAAAUCUGUAACAGAUCUCAUUGAUAUUUAUAAGUUGUUUAGGCAUCGUGUAGGAAUUAAGGCCAGUAUGCUAUUCGUUUUCGGUUUGUUUUUCUUGUAUCUAAAGUAUUUAUAACUUACAUUUGGAUUGCAAACGCCUAACAUUCCAAAAUUAUUCCAAUGUCAACUUGGUUUACUUUUUAGCAAAAGCCACCGAUACAUUUUAGGUAAAUAAAUAAAUAUUAUAAUAAAUUAUUUAAUGUAUAAUGUCUAAAUUCUGUCGUAUGAUCGCCGUGAGUACCGAAGCAUUUCAAAACGUUUAUGAAUUAAGUUUAUUUUGUUUGAAUGGAAUGUUAAAAUAAUAGUUAUUGAAUUAAUGAUGUGGUAGUGUUCUUAGUGGAAGCUCUUCCAGUCGCACGUGGUAAUGUAAUACCUGUUUUCCAAGUAUUUGUGAUUGUUUAUAUAAAAUGGUUGAUGAUUAUGUGUGUUUUAUAUUGAUCAGAGUAAUUUGAAAAAUUGCUGGCAAUAUAAUGAACAUUCCGUAAACCAGUAAUUAUAUGUCUACGUGUAGGCUGAUAUGUACCAGAUAAUGUUUAAAUUCACUUGUUACAGUUUAAUAUUGUUUUGUUUCCUUAUAGAACUUGACCACAUCUACUCGUUUUAAGUAAAUUUAAACAUUAAUAUAAACAAUGAUGUGAAAUGUUUUGUUCCAAACACUCCUGUGUAAAGUUAGCGAAUUUACUAAUAAAAUAACGUGGGAAAGUAAAAAUAAUGUUGGUCUAUUGUUAAAAUCACACAGUAUAUAAAAUGCAUUUUAGUAAAUAGAUUGGUAGAUGCGCUACUUUCCGGAGCUAGAAUUGAGAAAUCAAAAUAAAACUUGAUAAAAAUGAUAAAAAAAUGAGACACUUGAAUGUUGCUAUUUGAAAAGCUGCACUCGUUUUUGUUUUGUCAAAGUCGAACGUUACCAAACUUUAUAGCAAUAUUGAAACCUUGAUUAAUGUUCCUCUUCUUAUUUUAAGAAAGAUUAAAUAUUUACAAUUUACAGAAAUAAUUAAUAGCAAUAAAUAAAUGGUUAAUAAUGAGAAUUAACAAAUUUGUACGAGUUUUUAUCGAAAUAGUUUUUAUAAUAAUACAGAAUGCAGUUAAAGUACUAUUUUGUUUCCUAACUUUCAGAGGUAAUAUUUAUUAUUGAAAUAAUCAUAUUCAUAUAGAAUUAUAUAUCUAUGUAUUGACGUGUAAAUAUAAUAGGCAAUGUGGUGAAUGUUGUUAGUGAAAUAUAAAGUAGGUACAUGAACAAUAGAUUAUAAUACCCCCAAGUGCAGUUAUUCAAAUUUUAACAUUUGCCAGUUGUUGCCACGUCCCUGCAGAGUUCACACGCCGUUAGCACAAAUAAAUAAAUAAAUGAUACAUAUUAUUAUAUAUUAUAUAUAUAUUGAUAAACUUUAUUACAUCUAUAUUUUAAAUUUAUGUAGGUAUUUUUUCCAAGUACCUACAAAGCAUGAUAACUUUUAAGAAAACACUAGCACGAAAUAUUUCAUGUGUUGAAAUAGAUAUGAUGUAGAUUCAUUUUUAUAUUAUCAUAAAUAAAUUGUGACCACAGUUUUAUAUUUAGAGUGCCUCUUGCCUAUACAAGACUUAUAUAAAGGCUGCAAAUCACGGAUUAUACAUAGAAUAUGUAGCAGAUAGAGAAAAACUGUAAUUUUUAUGGUGAAAAUUGUAAGUUGCGUUAUGAUAUGUGACUUGCGCACUCUUCUGUCCUACGUGUGACGUGUAUGUACGUUCGCAGACUCGGCCAGACCGCGACCGUCUCGGCAGCUAGCGCAUUCCAAUCUUGUGGUGUUAUCAUGCUAACAACAACCAGUGCUAUUAUUUCCCGACCAAUAUUACGAUACAAUUAUGUUGAAUAGUCUUAGAUAGUAUUGUUAAGUUUCGUCAAACAUGAUCGAGGUAGAAUGUCGCUGAAGCGUGAACUGGUUAAUUGUAAUUUACCAUUUUUUUAAGUGGCAUACCUAAAUAUAGAACUUAUAUUGCAAUUUUUCUAAGUUCCUGUAGGUGUAUUAAUUAUUGUAUAUUGGUACAAUUUGUUUUAAUAAUUAUAAUGUGUUUAUUAUAAAUUAUUUAGAUUUAAACUUUCGUGACUAAUAUUUUUACCGGCGUAAUAUACGAUACGAUUUUUAGUGGCUUUAGUUUUUCGUAGUGACAAUAAAAGUAAUCAUUGCAGUUAAAAUUAUUGGCCAUAGAUUGUUCUUUAUGAAAUCAAUUGCGUUUAUUACGCUGGUAAACCAUAUUUUCAGCACAAGUUCAAAUAACGUAGGUCCACUUUAUUUAUAGAGCUUAAUAUAGUUAUUGUUUCAGUGACUGAAACGAUAAUUAUUUUCCCUUAAGCUCUUUUAUUUAACAUACAUUGUUGACAUUUUAGAUUAGAGAAAAUCUGUUUUGCCUUAACAUUAUUAAUAGUUCAUAAUGUUGUAACAAAGAGCAGUACAGUUUUGUUGAAAAAGUGUUACAGUAUAUCAGAACGGAUCAAGGAUCAUGACGGUGUAAUGUUUUGUCAAUUUUGCAACAAUCUAAACAGAGACCCAUCGCUGUUGAUCAUUGUAACUUUUGAAACAAAUAUAAGCAUAUCAUAGCUGUAAAAAUACAAUUUUGACAAAUAAAAGCUCUACAAUCAUUACAGA